GGGUAUUGUCGUAAAUGAACACAACAUUAUCGUACCCCUCAUUCUCUCUCUCUCCUCGUUCUCUUCGAACAUCGCCAUCUCUCUCUCUCUCUCUCUCUCUUCGACCUACGAUUGGAUCCUCUUCAUCAUUGAUUCCCCCCAAACCCUAAACCCUUUCUCCGUUCCCGAUUCGAUUGCUCGUGUACGAAACCUACCAUUUCGAUCUCAUCUUCGGUUAGUCCUACCGCAGAUUGGGAUCGUGUAGGGUUCAGGAACGAGGUGUUCUUCGGAUUUCGAGGGUUUUGGAGGUGCGGGGGCGAUGGAUUGGUUUCAAACCGUAAUUGGAACCCUAAUUUGGAGGAGCUAGAGGAAGAUGAAGGCCUAGAAUCCAUGGAGAAUCCGAUGAUGGGCGGAGGAGGCGGGGGCGGCGGAGGAGGAAUCCUCGACUUCGAUCCCCACCACCACCACCACCACCACCUCCGCCACCUCGUCUCCCACCUCCCCCCCACCGCCGCCUCCCCCAGCGAUGACGACGACCCCACCGCCUCCGCCGCCGCCGACGAUGACGGCCACGGGUACGGCGGCGGCGCCGAUGCCGCCCGCGGCGGAGCAAAGAAGGGUGGGUCCUCCUCCUCCGCGCCGUGGCAGCGCAUGAAGUGGACCGACGAUAUCGUCCGCCUCCUCAUCCGCCUCGUCGCCCUCGUCGGCGACGACCCCGCCGCCGCCACCGAGUCCGAUGGCGGCGGCGGCGCCCCCUGCUCUCGCCGCAGGCCCCACGGCGGCGCCGCCGCCUCCUCCUCCUCCUCGUCCUCCGCCUUACAGAAGAAGGGCAAGUGGAAGACCAUCUCCCGCCUCAUGCUCGAGCGCGGCGGGUGCCGUGUUUCCCCCCAGCAGUGCGAGGACAAGUUCAACGACCUCAACAAGCGCUACAAGCGCCUCAACGACAUCCUCGGCCGAGGCACGAGUUGCCGCGUUGUCGAGAACCCUAGCCUCCUUGACUCCCUCACCCAUGUCACUGCCAAGGGCAAAGACGACGUCCGCAAGAUCCUCAGCUCCAAGCACCUCUUCUACCGCGAGAUGUGCGCCUACCACAAUGGCCAGCGCAUCCCCUCCUCCGCCUGCCACGCUGCGGACGUCCUCCAUCCCCCCAAGCCCGCCAAUGAUGAUCAUGGGCAGGAAAAUGAUUGCGACGAUGAUAAUAAUGGAGAUGAGGAUGAGGAUGAGGAUGAUGAUGAUGAGGAGAAUGAGGAUGGGGAUGAUGUAUAUAGAAAGCGGGGGUUUGAGGGCUUCGAUGCUGAUGUGGGCGGUAUACCCCCAUCGGAGCUGAGGGAGUGGUUCAAGAAGAGAGCUUUGCAGCUUCUUGAGGAGCGGGUGGGGAUUGAGGCUGAGGGUUUUGAGAUCGAGAAGCGGCGGUUUAAGUGGCAGAGGUUUAAGAGCAAGAAGGAUCGGGAGCUUGAGAGGUUGAGAUUGGAAAAUGAGAGGAUGAUGUUGGAGAAUGAGAGGAUGCUGAUGCUGGUGAGGCAGAAGGAGUUUGAGUUGAAUUCGAAUCCGGAAGAAGCUUCUGGUGGCGGAUAUCGGAUGGAGGUGGGGAGGGUUCAGUAAGAUUUUCUGGUCACUAUAACUUUUUGACUUGCCUUAAUUAUUGAGAUUGUUGUGCUUGAAUAGUUGGGGGAGGAAUGGAUCUUUAAUUACUACAUCCGACACUGUUUGUGUUGUCCUGUAAAAAGUUGCUGUCUAGUUCCCUCAAUUAUAAAAUUUUACUGUUAAAUUAUUCAAGACGUAGAACCAUUCUUGCAAUUUUAUGUCCUACAAUGUGUAUAUGAUGGGAAGCAAUGGCCAGAGUGAUGAAAUUAACAUUUCAGCGGAAAUGUCUAAAUUUUCACUGAUGAAGUCAGUCGUAAUUGAUUUGAUCUUGUCGUAGAACUUCCAAAACAAGUUUGUUAUAUUACGCUGCCUAUCUUCAACUUGUGAGGGGAGAUUGCUACUAUCCUGUAUGUUUCUUCAUAUAUUUUGUACUUUAGUCUCUUGGUAGCUGCUUUUAAGAGAAUAAUCCCUUAUAAUCGUGUAAUUUUGUCUUACUUUGCAUUGUGUAUUCUAGUUAGUCCUAGGUUGUCUAUAAUCAAUUGAUUUUAGUAUUUA